AUGCACAACCCAGGUGCCUCUGGUGCAGGAGGAAUUCUUUGUGAUGACCAAGGUAACGUGUUUGCCUUUUCUGAAGACCUCGGAUAUGGCAGUAACAAUGUAGCGGAAUUAAGGGCCAUCUUGCAUGGACUAAAAAUGUGUCGAGAACAGAGGAUUACUGGAAUGGAUGUUGAAACCGACUCACUGAUGGUGGUCAAAUGGAUUACUGGUGCAAAGUGUGAAGUGUGGUACCUUGAAGACUUUUGGGAGGAAAUCUUGAAAAUUCUCAGAGAAGGGGAUUACACUAUACAACAUGUCUUCCAAGAAGGAAAUGCCCUUGCCAAUUACUUAGCGAGACUUGUGCACGGGAACAAGAUCGAGUACAUACGGAGGGGAAAACCAGAAUUUGGUUUUGUUCUGUUUGAGUCCGAGUCUCUGAAAUGGCCCGAGUUUGAUGAUGUUAAUGGAAAUGUGCUAACCUACUUUGCACAAGACAGGGCUGAGAUUCAGAGAGAUGCGCAGCCGGGAGAUACUGGAGUAUCGGCUGUUGAAGUUGGUGUCAUGAUUGGUAUCAAUGCAUAUGCUCAAUUAAAGUUCAUGAAAGGAUUCAGUGCAGAUGCAAAGAUGAUGUAUGUGGAAGCAAGCCAAGUUGCCAAUGAUGCAGUUGGGAGUAUAAGAAUUGUUGCUUCUUUCUGUGCUGAAGAGAAGGUGAUGAAUCUAUACAGAAGCAAAUGUGAAGGCCCAAGGAAGGCAGGGAUAAAGCAAGGCUUGAUCACUGGAACAGGAUAUGGGACAUCUUUUGGCUUGUUGUUUCUUGCCUAUGCUACCUUUUUCUAUGCAGGAGCUCAACUGGUUGAGGCAGGGAAAGCAACAUCCUCAGAUGUUUUCCAAGUUUUCUUUGCUUUGACCAUGGUAGCCACGGGAGUUUCUCAAACAAGUUCCAUGGGUCCAGAUACUGGCAAAGCCAAGAAUGCUGUUUCUUCCAUAUUUGCAAUAAUAGACCAGCAAUCGAAGAUAGAUGCAAGUGAUGAGUCUGGUAUAACUUUAGACAAUUUCAAAGGAGGAAUUGAGUUUCGUCAUGUAAGCUUUAAGUAUCCAUGCAGGCCAGAUGUUCAGAUUUUCCAUGACCUCAGCUUGACUAUCCAUUCUAACAAGACAGUUGCCUUGGUUGGAGAAAGUGGGAGUGGGAAAUCCAUAGUCAUCUCAUUGCUGCAAAGGUUUUAG